UCUCACAAUAGUCUCCUUCCUCCUCCUCUUCCUCUUGUCCUUGUAAUUCAGCUAUCAAGAAGGGCACAAAUGGGAACGAAAACACGGUCUCAACACUCUUCAGAGCGUCUGAAGGGGGAUCAAAUCUUUCAGGGUUUAGUUAAGAUGCUUAAAACCCAGCAACAACAGCUUGAAACGUUGGCUAAAGAACGAAAAAUUCUCGAAGAUCGGUUCAAGAUGCAGUAUGAACGGUGGGUCUCUGAUGUUCGCCUUUAUGAAGAUCACAUUUCUCAGAUGGAAAGUGAGUUGCAAUCGGAAGAGAUGGUACGUGUGCUUGAGGCUGCAAAAGCCGAUAUGUUGGUAGGAUUGAAGCAAAGAAAAGCUUUUCUUUGUGAAAUGAAAUUAGAGGAAUCAGAGGAUGAAUCGACUGAUUUCAGAGUCUGGUUUAACAUCCUCAGUAAAAGUUCAAAAGAUAUUUCUCAAAGGGACCUCAUAGAAACCAAAAAAGGAAUGUUGGGAGGCAAGCGCAGUGGUUCAAAGUCUGUUACUUUGGAAACAUUGGAAGACAAUGUAAGAAGGAUAAAGCUUCAAUAUGAAAAUCUUGUUUCAGAAAAGAGUUCUCAAGCCACUGCACUUAUGGCCGAGAAUAAGUCUGCGUGGAAUCAGUUUAAUGUUCGGGAAAGUUAGUACAUGGAUAAA